AUGACUCUCAUCGAGACCUUGUGUCGAAAGAUGGCGUGCUACACCAAUUUUGACGAGUUUGGUCGACCACUUGAAACAAAAAGUUUGGGCUAUGACAAUUGGGCCGAAUGGAUCAAGAAGGAAAGCCUGCAGCGCCUCUUUUACUCGCUUUGGUUACCAGCGCCUUCACACCCGUCACUCUGGGAGGCAUCAAGUCAAGAAGCAUGGCUUAAAAAUCGAAAUACCUCAUCUUACAACGCUCUGCCUUUUCGAAGCGUGCUUCUCGAAUUUUAUCGCACUCAAAAGAUUCUGAGCCCUGACCCUUUCAACAUACUAUUACUGAAUAUUGGAGUCAAAUAUCAUGCCGAAAAGCUUCAUCGUGCUCCAAUCUACCUAAAUAUCCUCCAGGAACAUACCGAGGCGCUACCACCAACAAAACUCUCUGGUGCCGUUCAAAGUCUCUCCCACCUACUAUCAAUGUUCAUCUAUUUACCCGUCCGAGAACUUUAUGCAUUUACGGGCUGGCGUGUGAGCAGUAGCCAGAGGGCCAUUAAUAACACCAAGUUGCGUACCUGGAUACAAAGCAAAACCGAAGCACGUGCCUCUCUUAUGCACGCCUGUAAGGCUUGGUCAAUGAUUCGCAAUAGGAAAACAGGGUCACAGCAUGAGACAAUGGGUUUCUUGCUCGCAGCAGUCAUGAUAUGGGCCUGGAUUGAGUUGGGUAAAAAGCCAGAGGUGGAGGACCUGAACUUAUUGGUAACUGUUCGGUUGGAUCAGGGCACAGACAUGCUAAAAGCAUGGAUAACUCAAAACAAUGACAGCCGUCUUUAUCUCGGUGGCGUGGGUUGUCUGUGGGAAGAGGGAGCAAGCAGGAGGCUGAUACAUGAGUCUACAAAAACACUUGAGGGUCUUGACUGGCCACUGGCUCGAGUUUUAGCAUUGAACUUACGAGAGCACUACAAGAGUUACCCAGAUAAAAGAUUUCAAGGAUAA